UCGGUAGAUGGUGCCAACCUACCGAACGCGAUCAAGCGCUGGAUCAGCUGAGAUCAGCUGAUUGAGCUGAUAUUUUAUGUUGUGAUUGAGAUUUUUUACGUGGCUGUAUGUAAUUUAUUAGGUGUUAUUUCGUCGCAAUUUGCAUCGAUUCGUGAUUGGUCGUGUACGUGAAACUGUGCGCGUCUUUUACGUUUUCGAGUGCAGUGAUAAGAGUGGACGAGACGCGACAGUCUUGCAGAUUUGCGAGCGUCUUGUACAUCUUUCAUCUUCUGGACGCAACGAAGAUCAAUAGAGUAUUGAAUCGACUUUCCAACAUCUGAAAUAUCAGUGAGAUAUUGUCGGCGAGGAACAAAAAUGGCGGAUUAUUGGAAGUCCCAAGGACGCAAGUUCUGCGACUUCUGCAAGUGUUGGAUCGCCGAUAAUAAACCGAGUAUCGACUUCCAUGAGGGCGGCAAGAAGCACAAGGAAAAUGUCAGCAAGCGGCUCAAGGAGAUCCACAAGAAUAGCACCAAACAGGCAAAACAAAAUAAAAAAUUCGAGGAUGACCUCAAGAAAAUGGAAAAUGCGGCUAUGGCUGCGUACUUGAAGGAUGUUGAGAAUAACACGCGAGAUAUGACUGCUCAGAGAAUCAUUAAAGAGAAACUGGACAGGAUAGAAACAAAAGAAACGCCUCAAAAUUGCAACCGUAUACCGUCAGCCGCUCCAGAAACGGUACCAAGAUUCAAAAGCAAUAGUGAACAGUUCUUGCCAAAAGUGGAUCCUUGUGACCCGGCAACUUUAUCAAAGGGCGCACUGUCGUUUCCACGGGUCCAGCAACACAGUGGCGAGAACAGGACUCCGGGGAAGAGUAAAUCGGGCAAGACGAAGGGAAAGGGGAAGAAGACCCAAGAGGAUGAUCGUCCGACCGCACCCGUCAGAAAACUGUGGUAUGAGGCUCGCAGUCCCGAAGGAUACACUUACUAUUGGCAUAUUGAAACGAACGAAUCGGUUUGGGAGCCUCCGGAAGAGGGCUACAUGACUUUCACGGAGCAAGAAGAAGAGGCCAAGGAAGAGGUGAUCCAGAGAGAGCUCAUGGAACAAUUGGAUAGAGAGGAAGCGGGCAAGAAGGCAGAUAUUCUCGAGGAACAUCGAGCCAACAUUGAGAGAGAGAAGAUGAAAGAGUUCAGGAAACAACCAGUUGAAAACGAUGACGUUCAAGAUGCUGAGGAAAGCGUGGAAAUAAAGGAGAAGGCAGUCGAAGAAGAACGACCUUACUGGCGAGACUACAGUGUACCUGAGAGACCGCAACCUUACGGAUCCUGGCAAGUCGUGGAGACAACCAAGAAGAAACCAGUGGAUCUUCAAUUGCCAAAACAGCAGAAACAAAUACAGCUGCCCACAUUUACGAAGAUAGAGCCACCGCCACUACAAAGAACUUUUAAAGAAAAAACUGUUGUACAAAUUAAUACAGGUGACAGUGACGAUGAAAAAAUAGCCACUGCUUUUAAGAAAAGAAAAAUCGGUAACAAGAAUGUGCGCAAAAGAACGACUGAUGAAUGAUAUUUUUUUGUGGAAAAUGAUAUGAUCUUCUGUCCUUUAGUUUACG